UUAAAAUACUCUUACGUCAAGACCUGCCAACCGAAGUUCAUCCAUAUUUCAGAGCUACUCUCUGUGUUUCUCUUUUUCUAUCCUCUCCACCGCCUUUGGAAUCUCAACUAGCUGUUUUAGCUUAUUAGUGGGAGCUCUCCUGUGUUAUUGAACGAGACCCUUACCACCAACCUGGCACGUCAAAAUUCUCAAGGGCGAAAGUUCAGAUUGUAACAGCAAAAAAUUGUUGCACUUGCGAUGACAAUCUAUUGAAGAACUCGAUCGGAGUUAAAGUGGCUGAGGGAGAGGUUGGACGGUCAGUGAAGUUUUGGGUUUUAAGGGAGAGGAACGACGACGGCGGCCGUGGAGAAGAAUAGUUUGCACGUGAGCGCGUGCAUCUGUGGUUGUAGGGUGGUUUGGGUGGGUGCUUGAUCUGAUCCUCUCGGGAGGCUCGUGAAAUGCCUCACAGAGCGACUUACUUUUUCCCCAGGCAGUUCCCGGAGCGUGGGUUGGAUGAAUCUUCGAAACAACUAUUAGAUCACGAGAAGAAGAAAAUAGUCAACUCCAUCAAAUCAGAAACCUUUGACCCUGAAAGCGACCCCAAAAAGGCAAUUAGAACAACUACUGCCACAACAACAGAGGACGAUGUCGUUUUCCCGUCUGGGAAACACUCAGCUGUAUCCGACCUUUUCACGGGCAAUGACAAGUUCCGGACCAAGCAGAAGCUAGUCGCUGCUUUCCGCGACUGGGUGAUAGAGAAAAAGGGGGAUAGAUGGGGUCACGUGAAACCACAUCCUGGCCGGCUAUCCUAUGAGGGGGAUCGCGAGCUUCUGCUUCCAUCGGAGUCCGUGCCUCCUCCGCCACCGGAGACAGUGAAAGAUGCAAUCGACCGGGGUUUUGACCGCCAAGUCUCCUUGCCGAGGUUAUCCAGCGGCAGCAGCUAUGCUGGGAGCUUGUUCUCGGGGACAACCUUGGACGGCAACUUUUCUAGCGACGUUAAGGAGGAAACGACAUCGUCUCGGGUCUCCUCCACAACAAGAAGACUGGAGGAAGAAAAGGAGGAAGCAGAAAGUAAGGAGACGUUGGCGCAGAAGUGCAAAGAGAGCUACAGCCUGCAGAUCACGCUGGCUAGGAGAGUCACCUGUCUAGCAAGUCUCGCUGCUGAUGAGCCUGUGCUUACUUUGGACGCUGGAAUCGAGACGUGGGAUGUGGAAUCCGUUUCUUAUCGUCUCUGGGUUAGCGGCUGCUUAUCAUACUCCGACAAAAUAUCAGAUGGUUUUUAUAACAUUUUGGGGAUGAAUCCAUAUCUGUGGGUGAUGUGCAAUGAGCUGGAGGAAGACAGGCGGCUCCCACCUUUGAUGGCGCUUAAAGCAGUCGAACCAAACGAGUCGUCUAUGGAGGUGGUUGUUGUGGAUAGACACGAGGACUCUAGGCUAAAGGAACUUCAUGAUAAAGCACAAGAAUUGUAUUGUGACUCAGAGAACACCUUGGUAUUGGUGGAAAAACUUGGAAAACUUGUUGCGAUAUAUAUGGGGGGUGCUUUCCCGGCGGAGCAAGGAGACCUCCGCAAGCAAUGGAAGUUGAUUAGUAAGAGAUUGAGGAAUUUUCAUAAGUGUGUUGUGCUUCCUAUCGGCAGCUUAUCUGCAGGACUUUGCAGGCAUCGGGCCAUCCUCUUCAAGAGAUUGGCAGAUUACAUUGGUUUGCCAUGUCGUAUUGCUCGAGGUUGCAAGUAUUGUGCUGCAGAUCAUAGAUCUUCUUGCCUCGUCAAGAUUAAAGAUCACAGCCAACUCUCUAGGGAAUAUGUAGUUGAUCUAGUUGGGGAACCUGGAAAUGUUCACGGGCCAGAUUCCUCAAUUAAUGGAGCAUAUGUCUGUUCAACGCCUUCCCCUUUUCAAAUUUCUCAUAUACUGGAAUCUCAGUCUCCUUAUAUGGAUGAUGCGUUAAGUUCUCGGUUUUCAAGUUCCAUAGUCAGUUCUGUUGUUCCUGAAAGUCAUGUAUAUUCUGGCUGUACAAAGAAAGAUAAACUUUUCAAAGGAAAUUAUUUGCUUAAAUGUCCUGUGAACUCAAAAUAUGCUUCAGUGGAUCAAACUCAUGCAGUUAAUGCAGAGGAACGUGAAGUUCUAGGUUCGAAUCUGUCUUCCAUUCAGCAAGGUGUUUCUGAAGACCUGCAUUCAACCACUGAAGCAUUGUUGCAUGAAUAUCCCAUGCAUGUUGAGGAUUCAGUUGUUGUGAAAGAAACUUCCAAUAAUGAGAGUAUUGUAACCGGAAGUCCAGUAGCAAAAGCUACUUCUAAGAAGCCUAUACUGGGCCCAUCCUGCCAGUCAGAACAAGAAUCUGUAGAUAGUAGACUUGAAAACUGUGACCGUUUCUCUGCUGGAAACAUUCCAAGAUAUUUGAACAUUGAACCAUCACUCGCCAUGGAUUGGCUUGAAAUAUCGUGGGAUGAAUUACGCAUUAAAGAGCGUGUUGGUGCCGGGUCAUUUGGGACAGUGCACCGUGCUGAAUGGCAUGGAUCUGAUGUUGCAGUCAAGGUUUUAACAAUUCAGGAUUUCCAGGAUGACCAGUUGAAAGAGUUUCUCAGAGAGGUUGCAAUAAUGAAACGUGUCCGCCAUCCAAAUGUGGUUCUCUUCAUGGGCGCAGUUACAAAACGGCCUAAUCUAUCAAUUGUUACAGAAUAUUUGCCAAGGGGUAGUUUGUACCGCCUGAUACAUAGGCCAGCAUCUGGUGAAAUGUUGGAUCAGAGGAGACGACUACGGAUGGCUUUAGAUGUGGCUAAAGGGAUCAAUUAUCUACACUGUUUGAGCCCUCCAAUCGUGCAUUGGGAUCUCAAAUCUCCAAAUUUGUUAGUUGACAAAAAUUGGACUGUAAAGGUGUGUGAUUUUGGAUUGUCGAGAUUUAAGGCGAACACUUUCAUAUCAUCAAAAUCUGUUGCUGGAACACCUGAAUGGAUGGCUCCAGAAUUUCUACGUGGAGAGCCUUCAAAUGAGAAGUCCGAUGUUUACAGCUUUGGAGUCAUCCUGUGGGAGCUUGUGACCAUGCAGCAACCAUGGAAUGGGCUCAGUCCUGCCCAGGUGGUUGGAGCUGUUGCCUUUCAGAAUCGGAAGCUUGCUAUCCCUCUAAACAUCUCCCCAGUAUUGGCCUCCCUCAUGGAAUCUUGUUGGGCCGAUGAUCCCAAGGAAAGGCCUUCUUUCUCCAAUAUAGUCGAAUCGCUAAAGAAGCUGCUGAGGUCUCCGGUGGAGAUGAUAAAAAUGGGUGGGACAUGAGGCGCACUCUGCCUAUAAUUGGCUUUUUCAUAUUUUGCCAAGUCUGUUGCUCUUAUGUGGAAGUGUUAACAAGUAAUCUGAACCUUGUUAGUCAUCUUCCCUGACCACCAAAACUUUUUGUUCGUUUGCAAGUUGCAACUGUAUAUCUGUUGCUUCUUCCUGCUAACCCAUUCCAGAAAGGGCAUCAAUGAAGAGCCAUCGAGUUUGAAGUUUAGUCAUCACUCGAGACUCGAGAGCAAGUAGGAGCUGAUUAGAUUAUUGAGGAAUAAGAACUCGACUCCAGCCCGUUCUAUGGACAAUUUAAGAUAUGAGGACUGCCGAUAUAGUAAAAAUUUGCUGGGCUGUAAGCCUGUAAUAAGUUUGGAAUGUAUUAUUGAUGUCUGAUAACAAUUCACAAACGUUGUACUCGUCAUUUUGAUGUUUUAAGCAGUAGGCAUGAUUUGUAGUGCAGAUUAGACGCUA